CUGCAGAUUUUUCACAACUGGAGUUUUGAUGGACAUCUCCUUGCAAAUCACGGGAUUGAAAUCCUUGGACAUCGAUCAGGUGAUACAGUUCACAUGGCCAGGUUGUGGGACACAAGCAGGCAAGGCAGAGGAGGAUACAAGCUGUCAAGCCUCAUGCAGGACCUGCUGGGUUGGGGCAAAACAGACAUGAAAGAGGUUUUCGGCCGUUUCAAGCUGAAGAAAGACGGGACCCCCGGCAAAGUCGUUUACCUUCCGGACUCGUUGACCCUGCAGACAGAUCCGAACGUGACCAUGUUCGAAAAGUGGAUCCACUACUCUACCUACGACACGAUCUGCACGUGGUAUCUCUAUUUCUCCCUCCGGAAGGAGCUGGAAAACAUGUCGUGGAGCCCCGAUGCGAUCGUGUACGAGAACGAGUUGUUGAAGAUGAGGGCUGAUCGGACGCUCUUCACUUUCUAUGACUGCUUCUGGAGGCCUUUUGGACAGAUCCUGACGGACAUGGAAAGGAAGGGAAUGUACAUCGACAAAGACUAUCUGUAUCAGCAGGCUGAGAAGGCCCAGGAGGACAAAGAGAAGAGGACCGAGUCGUUCAUGCAGUGGGUUCGCUCCCUAUGCCCCGACGGGAAGUAUAUCAACAUCAACAGCAACCCACAGAAACGACACCUCCUCUUCUCCAGCAUCACUGAGCCUGAUGACGCUGGUUCCCGCGAGCCGCACAUGAGAACGUUCCAGGUUGACAACAAGGUGGAGGAGGAGGAAGAGAGGGAGGAGGAGGAGGGAGAGGAGGGAGAGGUGCUGUUUCUGUCUCCUCCUCGUUCCAAAAGAAGCAUCUCCCUCCUCGGCCUCGCCCUCACCCCCGUUGCUUACACGGCGACCGGACAAGCGUCUACGGCUGGCCAAGUGAUCCAGAAGCUCGCCGGGAAGCCUUUCGCCUCUCCUCCCUCCUACGGCACAGCGUUCAAAGACCUCGGAGGAGGAGAGGAGGGCAAGGCUGCGUGCGAGGCGCUGGCUAGCCUGCUGGAAGGGGAGGCGAUCGAGAAACUGCUGAGCACCUUCCUCCUCCCACUGCCGGAGCAGACGGACGAGGCGAGCAGGAUACACACUUCCCUGAACAUCAACACAGAGACUGGGAGGCUGUCGUCGCAGCGCCCCAACCUGCAGAACCAGCCGGCGCUAGAGAAGGAUGUGUACAGGAUGAGGAAGGCGUUUUCCGCUCCUCCGGGGAGGAAGCUGAUCAUAGUGGACUACGGGCAGCUGGAGCUGAGAAUCAUGGCACAGAUGACGGGCUGCCGGAGUAUGCUAGACGCGUUUGAGCAAGGAGGAGACUUUCACUCGAGGACAGCGAUCGACAUGUACCGCUACAUCGCUGAAGCUGUGGAGAGGAAGGAGGUGCUGCUGGAGUGGAACUCGCACGACGGGGCUCCACCAGCGCCGAUGCUCAAGGACAAGUUUGCGUCUGAGAGGAGGAAGGCCAAGACCCUCAACUUCGGCAUCGCGUACGGGAUGACGAAGAUGAAGGUGGCGAGGGACUGGGGGGUGUCGCUUGAGGAGGCGGAGGAGACUAUCCAGACAUGGUACUCAGCACGAAAGGAGGUGAAGCAGUGGCAGGAGGAGGUGAUCGAGCGAGCAAGGAGGACCGGGUAUACGGAGACGUUCCUGGGGAGGAGGAGGUACCUGCCCGAGAUCAACGGCAGGGACGGGGUCGGCCGGGGGCAUGCGGAGCGAGCAGCGAUCAAUACGCCGAUCCAGGGAGGAGCAGCAGAUAUCGUGAUGAUGGCGAUGCUGAAGCUGCGCGGGGAGGAGAGGAUCAGGAGGCUGGGAUGGAGGAUGGUGAUGCAGAUUCAUGACGAGAUCAUCCUGGAAGGGCCCGAGGAGACGGCGGAAGAAGUUUUCCCCCUGGUGCGAGCAUGCAUGGAGCAGCCGUUCGACUCGCCGCUGAGCGUUGAGCUGCCAGUGGAUGGGAGCAUAGCAGACAACUGGUAUGAAGGGAAGUGA